AUAACACAACAAUGAUGUUGAUGCUCCCAGCGUUUAGUGCAGGUACUGGGGGUAAUGGAACACAUCCACCUGAUGUUGGCAGAGGACAAAUGUGAACAUAAGUAGAAUGCACACCCAUUAUUCCAUCAACCAUCGUCAGUUGAAGAGUUGUGUAUGUACACCAACAAAUGCUACUCAUUUAUGGGGAAUGUAGGUAGGCAGACUGCUAGGCAGGCUGCGGAACUGUACAGAGAGCAAUAUCCUGACAAGAACCCACCUUCCCAAUGGAUGUUUUCUUGUCCUGUUGCGACGCUUCAGGAAAUUGGAAGUUUCGACCCACGACAAUGCAGUCGUCGUAGCACUUGCACAGACGAAGCUGCCGAAGUUACUGUUCUUGCUUCCGUUGCUAUGAACCCACAUGUGAGCCCACGACAGAUUGAACACAAGAUUGGCAUUCCUAAAACCAAUGUACAUAGUAUUCUUACAUGUCACCAGUUCCAUCCUUACCGUGUACACCUACAUCAAGAAUUGCAUGAGAAUGAUUUCCAGAAUUGUGUACAAUUCUGUCAGUGAGCACAGCAGAAAAUCUUCACCAACAUGAACUUCCUUUUAUAUAAAACUGAACAGUGGAAUACAUUAUUAAAUGUAAGAUUUGCAAAAUAACAAAAGUCAUUAGAUAAUUUUUGUUACUUACACCAAAAAAUCGGCCAGAUAAUACCCUACAUGAUCUGAUAGGCAAUUUG